CAUUGUGCCUGGUCGUGGUCCCUUUAAGAAUCAGGAUGACAUCAUCAGAUGGGUGUGUCAGGUGAUCAUUAGACAGGAAAUAGGCAAAGCAUGGCUCUGUGAGCAAUGUGUUAUUGUUUGUUAGAAAUCCAGCUAUAUCUGCACACGUCUUAAUGCCUUUGAUCGCAUCGUAUUUCCACACCUUCCUUAUAUCAUUAAACCUGUGGGCAAAGGAUUCACGUCUUCAGAGUCUUGGUGUACGGAGAGAGUUUAUCUGGCUGUUAAGAUAUAUACACUACAUAUACCGGGGACAGCACAGUGAAAAUACGGCAUUUUAGCGGGCAGGACAACGCAGUGUAAGCUGGCAGACAAUGACAGCAUCUUCACAUAUAGCCACUGGAUGACCGUCAAAACAGUGUCUAAAGAGAGGAACACUAUCAGACGGUGCUAUGACAGAAAAGGCUUCUUCGCUAAACACGCGCUCCCGUGUUUCAGGCUCCCAACUACGAUCAAGAGCAUCAUCAACUGGGUCCGCUGCAGUCAGGGCACGAGCGAGAGCAGAAGCAGCUAAAGCACGUCUUUCCUACGCCGAAGAGGAAAUGAAUCUAAGGCUGGAAAAAGCUAAGUUGGAAGCAUCUAUGGAAAUGCUCAACAUACAGAAAGAGACAGCUGCGGUUAUAGCUGAAGCAGAAGUAUUCGAAGCUGCUGAGGAUUUAGAUAUUGAGAAAGAAAGGAGUAAAAACUGUUUAAGCUCUGUAUCAUUGGAAGCAGCAUUACGCACACAGCAAUAUGUUGCUGACCAAGCCAAAAUAACGGAGGCUAAACCUCAACUAAGUGAUCAUUAUGGACCAGCAAUUACAAAGCCAAGUCCUGGCGACAGCAUUUCACAUUCACAGCUCAAACCAGAAGCCAAACCUUUCAUUCUCCAUCAAACCAAUCCUGGAUCCCAAUCACCUCAUAUUACCUCACAGCAGCCUGGCAUCAACGGAGACGAGUGUGCUCGUGGUUCACGCAAUGUAAAGUUUGAGAACAACCGUUGUACUCCUGGACAGUAUUACAGGCCUCAAAACCAUAGUGGUAAUCCUUCCUCAUCACCCCAUCCCAUGUCUCCAAAUUACAAUCACGACGACUCAAACCUGAAUGACUUUGUGAGAUAUUUUGCACUGCACGAGCUUGUUGCUACAGGUUUGCUUCAAUUCAAUGAAAAACCUCAGAAUUACAGAGCAUGGAAACGGUCUUUCCAGACCGCAACCCGGGGUUUAAACCUGACACCAAGUGAGGAGAUGGAUCUUCUGCACAGGUGGCUUGGUAACGAGGCAAGACAACAUGUCGAACAGAUAAGAGCAAUACACAUAAAUCACCCUGAAGCAGGAUUAGCAAUGACAUGGGACAGACUCGAGCGAACAUAUGGCUCACCAGAAGUCAUUGAAGACGCUCUGUUCAAACGCAUUGACACCUUUCCUAAAAUAACAAAUCAAGAUUAUUCCAAACUGACAAAGUUAAGUGAUCUAUUAAUGGAACUUCAAUCUGCCAAAGCAGAAGGAGACUUGCCUGGUCUCUCCUUCCUCGACACAGCCAGAGGCGUCAACCCAAUAGUUCAGAAGCUUCCAUUCGGUCUGCAGGAAAAGUGGGCAUCAGUCGGUGCAUCCUACAAGCGGCAAAAUCUUGUCCACUAUCCACCCUUUGACUUCUUCGUGAACUUUGUCAGCCAGGAGGCUAUCAUGAGGAAUGAUCCGAGCUUCAACUUCGCCUCCCACACAGACACAGCUAAACAGAAUGAUAAGACAGGUUGGAAACCAAACAAAUAUCGGGAGGUCUCUGUCCACAAAACAGAGAUCUUCCCCGGAGUCGUUACUGAAACCGGUGAGCCCCCAACGAGAUCUGAGGACUUUGAUAAAAUGUGUCCGAUACAUGAAAAGCCACAUCCACUCCGCAAAUGUCGUACAUUCCGAGCAAAGCCCAUUGAUGAGCGUAAGGCAUUCCUAAAAGAGAAUAAUGUGUGCCUCAGAUGCUGUUCUUCAUCAUCACAUUUCGCGAAGAACUGUAAAAUGAAAAUGCAAUGUUUUGAAUGCAAAAGUGAAAGACACCAUACAGCACUUCACCCUGGACCAGCACCCUGGAUGGAGGAGGUGGUCCCUGCUCCAGAGCAUGGCGGGGAGGAGGAGAAAACUUCACCUCCUCCUCAUGUCACCACCAAAUGCACAAACGUCUGUGGCGGAGAUCUGGCAGGUAGAUCCUGCUCCAAAAUAUGUCUUGUAAAUGUAUAUCCAUCAGGCCACAAAGACAAAGCAAUUAAACUGUAUGCAAUUUUGGACGAACAGAGCAACAGAUCAUUAGUUCGUUCACAGUUCUUUGAAAUGUUCAGUGACCAAAGUCCGAGUGUUCCUUACACAUUGAGAACAUGUGCUGGAGUGAAGGAAUCAGCAGGAAGAAGAGCCAGUGGCUAUGAAGUUGAGUCUCUGGAUGGAACUGUCCACAUCCCAUUACCCAGCUUCAUAGAAUGCAAUGACAUUCCUAACAACAGAAAUUAGAUCCCAACCCCUGAUGUGGCUCUCAAUCAUGGACACCUCAAGUCAGUGGCGCACCUCAUCCCAGACAUUGACCCACAAGCACCUAUCAUGCUUCUCCUGGGUCGGGACGUUAUCAGAGUUCAUAAGGUUCGCAAACAGAUGAAUGGCUCACACAACCAGCCUUAUGCUCAAAAGUUAGAUCUGGGGUGGGUCAUUGGAGGCAAUGUUUGUCUAGAAAGCGUCAACAAACCAUUGACGAUCAACAGCUUCUACACGAAAACCACAGAACUAGAGUAUCCUAUUCUCCAAGUCACUCAGGAUUCAGAUGGGAAAACCUCCUGUGAUGCUGACCACCUUGGAAGUACUGUGCCCAAUCUGGACCAUUUGCCUUUUGUGCCGACAGAUCAGAACCCCACAGAUCAUGUAACACGUUUGGUGGCUCCAGGUCAUUUAAAAGACUAACUGGCUGACUGGACCCAAGUUUCUGUCUAAGCCAAAGCCAAGUAUCUCUGAGAGCACCUAUGAUCUUGUGGAUCCGAGUCCAGACCCAGAUAUCCGGCUUCAAGUGUCUACUUUGAGCACUGCAACAGCUCACAAGCAGCUUGGUUCCCAGCGAUCUACCAAGUCCUCUUUAUGGGAGUCACUCACUCCUUCUGUUACUCGCCUCUUGCACAUCGCAUGUGUGUUCAAGGCAACCCCAAAAAAGAACAGUUAUCGUAAGGGCUGGCAUUGCUGCGAGGCAGAAUUCACUGUUGAGGAAUCCAAUCAGGCCGCAGAUAUCAUCAUUCAAGCAUGCAAGAAGUGGCAGUCAAAUCACGUACCAAGAUAUGAAUGGCCUCUUCGACUGACAACACAGACUGUUCCUAACAAAAACGGGAAGUUGCAUCAGGUCGAGGUGAAGGUCAUCGAACCAGGAGGGACUUCGCUCUUUCUUAGGCCUGUUGCAGAGAUGGUGCCUCUUCUCCCCCCAGAUGGCUAGGUAAUGGAAGUGUUCUAGAUUUGGGUGACGUGUAUCACGCCAGACGGGGAGUGUUCUGUUACAGCUAAGUUGACUCUUGUUUGCAUUUUCUGGGCUAUUCUUUGUGUGCCCAUUGUGCCUGGUCGUGGUCCCUUUAAGAAUCAGGAUGACAUCAUCAGAUGGGUGUGUCAGGUGAUCAUUAGACAGGAAAUAGGCAAAGCAUGGCUCUGUGAGCAAUGUGUUAUUGUUUGUUAGAAAUCCAGCUAUAUCUGCACACGUCUUAAUGCCUUUGAUCGCAUCGUAUGUAAGUAUUGUUUAUGUUUGUGUUAUUAACAAUUACAGAUGAUUAUUUUUAGGAAAUAUUGUAUUCUGUGGUGUUUAAUGCUGGAGAUCUUCCGAGUUGUUGUACAAGGCUAAUGCAAGGAGAGUUAAAUGAAUAAAUGUACAAAUGGCUGAUUAUAUGUUUAAAAUAUGAGGCCAUUUAUAACUGUUUAAGUUCUAGAAUUACAAUAAAUACAUUAAAAAGCUUACAGUAAAUAUAACAAGGCAAUUCAAUUAAUGUUAAAGCUGUGUUGAUUUAUAUCCAUUGUGCAUAUUUGUGUAUGUAGAAAUGAUCAUAGAAUUGAUUAUAUUUUGUCUUGUUUAUUUUUAGUUUCACACCUUCCUUAUAUCAUUAA